AUGUCGCUGAGAGACGUCGUAUACUGUGGAGUUUGCUCCUAUCCUCCCGAAUAUUGCGAAUUUACAGGCAAACUAAAACGCUGUAAAGUCUGGCUAGCAGAAAAUCAUCGGGACAUAUUUGAGCAGGUAUAUGGAGACGUCGAGACAGACGAGGCGGCCGAAAAGCUAGCAGCUAGCUCCAUUGGCGGUGAGCGUGAAGAGAAACUUGAAAAAGAUUUGCUGAGGCUCCAGUCCAAACAAGAGAAUCGCGAACAGAGAGAAUUGGCGAAAAAGCUUUCGUCGAAGGUGAUUAUCAGAAGAGAAGCGCGUACGAAGCGUAAAUGCAUGGUUGCGAUAUCCGGGCUGGAGGUCUUUGAGAUUGACAUGAAGAAGCUGGCCAAGACCUUUGCUUCGAAGUUCGCCACAGGCUGCUCGGUCUCGAAAAAUGUCGAGAAAAAAGAAGAGAUUGUGAUUCAAGGUGACGUGGCCGACGAAGCUGAGGCGUACAUCCACAAGCUGCUAGAGGAGAAGGGCAUGAAAGACGUGAAGGUUGAGCAGAUUGAAACCAAGAAGAAAAAGAAGCCUACCGGGGUUCCUGGGGCACCUGCUGCUGAUGAGGAGUAG